AAAUCAGAUUUGGACAGCUCAAACAAUGAAGCUGUGCUUUUCCAUUCCUCGUGUCAAAUCUGUAACCCCAAUUCUAAACCUCCUGAAUUACCUAUAUUGAAGGACGCAAUGGUCACUGAAAGACUUAUAGGUUAUGUCGAUUUCCACGACAUCGAAGGGAGAAAGUACUAUAGACAGUUUAAAGGAUUUAGUGAUUUUGAAAUCAUUCGACGAUUUUUACCAUGUAAUAUAUGUGCGCAGUAUCCAAAUGUAACUGUUCGAUACUUUGCUCUAAAUUGGCCUGAAUAUUGCAUCUUUGCCUUCACGGAUACCAAUAUUCCAGAAGGAGUCAUCAUGGCCUACCCAGAGGAACCACAAAAAGCAAGAAUUACUAUGUUGAGUGUGAAAGAUGUCGUUUUGUCGCCUCCUAACGAGACCCCAGAAAAGUGCCUUUUCGAAAUUUUUUGCCAUUUUGAACCAUUUAGGCGAAUGAAUAUCAAAGGGGAAUAUUAUUUCAACAUUUAA